AUGGAAUUUUUCUACAAACCUAUUGAAGUCCUCUCAUGUACUGGUCAACAUUUAGACAGUACACAUGUUGACAGAUAUAAAGAAGCAAAGGAGAUAUGCAAAGUCACUCUUUUGAAAGCUAAUAUUUUAACAGAAAGAGACAGACAACUAAAUAGGAAUAAAAUAUCAGAAGUAAACCAGAAAAGCCAUGGAUGGUUCUGCUUUGAGGCCCUUGAGGCAGGUGCUCAGCUGAGUGUUCUUUGCAUUUCAGAUGGAAAGGUGAAUGACAUGAAAGAGUGUGGCCUCAUGUUCUCGGCAAAUAGACUAAAAGACAAAAGAAAACUAUUUGUUCAGUCAGUGUCUGAGGACACACUUAAUGGCUUGCUGGAUGACCUAUUGAGUGACAAAGUGCUCAAUCAAGAGGAGGUUGAAAUAGUGAAAAAGGAAAACAAUACAACAAUUGCCAAAGCUCGUGCCUUGAUGGACUUUGUGAUUCCCAAAGGGCUCCACGCUAAUCAGAAUUUGAUCAAACAUAUUUGUGAGAGAAAUAUCACCCUUGCUAAGAAGCUUGGAUUUCCUUCAGCUGUUUCAGAAACUCUUAACAGACCAAAAGAGACAGCAUCUGCAGAAUCCAUAGACAAACUCAAGCUUUGUUCUUAUGAAGAUUUCCUGAACAGAAAAGAAAAAGAGAAGUCUGGAGAGAUCUAUCUAAUAAAGGAGAAGAAGGAACGCACUCGCCUGGCCCUUAUCAUCUGCAACACAGAAUUUGAAUACCUCUCAAGACGCAAUGGCGCUGACCACGACAUCAGAGGGAUGAAGGAACUCCUUGAGGGUCUGAAUUACACUGUGCAAGUGGAAGAGAACUGCACAGCAAGGAAUAUGGAGUCAAUAUUAAAGGCAUUUGCUACCCGUGAUGAGCACAAGUUUUCUGACAGUACAUUCUUGGUGUUCAUGUCUCAUGGCCUGCUGGAUAAAAUCUGUGGGAUUAAGCAUAGUGAUGAAAACCCUGAUGUAUUGCUUUACGAUACCAUAUUCCAGAAUUUCAACAAUCUCAAAUGUCCCAAUUUGAGAGACAAACCCAAGGUCAUCAUCAUCCAGGCUUGCAGAGGUGAACGUGAAAGAGAAGCAUGGGUCAGUGACUUUCCAGCGUCCUCAGCAGACAGCUCUUCCCUGUCACUAGAGAAUCUGCAGGAUGAUGGUGUCCACAAAACCCACGUGGAGAAGGACUUUGUUGCUUUCUGUUCUUCAACACCACAUGAUGUUUCCUGGAGAAGUGAAAAUGGUUCUGUCUUUAUCAUACAACUUAUAAAUUGCUUCCAAAAUUAUUCUUGGUGUUGUCACCUGAUAGAAAUAUUUGGAAAGGUUCAAUACUUCUUUGAAAAACCAGGCGUUAAAGUCCAGAUGCCCACCAUUGAAAGACUCUCCAUGCCCAAAAAAUUUUACCUCUUCCCAGGAAAUUAA